AUGAGAGAAGACUCAAACCAAUGGACAUUGGAUCGUAAAGUGGCCAGUUUUCGCUACCUCUGCCAUGUAAAUUCAAGCACCGAAAAAGUGACAAUUAGGGUGCGUCGAUCCGAUCUGCUAAACGACUCCUUCCAUCAACUUAUCACGGUGCCUGCUAAGUCUUUGCGAGGCCGUCUUUCCGUCACUUUCGCGGACGAGGAGGGUCUUGACUAUGGUGGUGUGCAGAGCCGCUGGAAAGCGGAGCUCGUUUUGGGCUAUCGUCUCAGCAUUGACAAUUUAAGAUCAGCAGUUGUCUUCCUCGCUUUAAAACAUUCUGCUAAGUGUGAGGACACAGGGUUCAGGGAAUGGUUUUUCCAACUCUCCGAUCAACUUCUUAACCCCAUGUACUGCCUCUUCGAAUACGCCAGUGGUAACAACUUUUCCCUCCAGAUCAAUCCCAAUUCGUCGGUGAAUCCUGAGCACCUCCAGUACUUUAGGUUCGUGGGUCGAUUCAUUGCCUUGGCCUUGUUUCACGGCAAGUUCAUUGACAACGGAUUCACUCUGCCCUUUUACAAGCGUCUUCUCAACAAACCGCUGUCGUUGAAGGACCUUCAGACUGUUGAUGAGGAGUACUACAAUUCUCUGCUCUUCAUCCGGUAG